UCUGCGUACGCGGCAGUGGUACGCGACCGAGUUGGGUGUGAAGAUGGCGGACGAAGAGGCCGAACAAAACCUCAGCGCACAGACCGAUACCAGUGCAACGAUUGUGGCACUCCGAGAGAAAUUGCUAAAAUUAGCAAUUGCACUGAAGAACAGUACGGACUCUCCGGCUCAGUCGUCUACUCAGUAUUGUCAACACUUUUGCCAGACUCUGGUGGAGUAUGCUGGUCGAUGGAGGAUGGAGGAGGAGCCCCUGCCCCUGGUGGAGGUGUAUACAGUGGCCCUGCUGAGCUAUGCCCAGGCCUCGUCCUGCCUCUCCUCUCAGUGUGAAAACGUCCCCCUCGUUCUUGAACGUCUCUCACUGAGCUGUGUAGAGCUGCUGCUCUCCCUGCCAGAACACUUCCCAGAUUCCUUGUGGGAAGAGUUCAAGUCAUCUGUUCAGUCAGCACACUCCCAGCUGCAGGAGAAUGGCAUCACACAGCUGGCCCUCCUGUCUGCUGUGGCCCAGGAGACUGGUGUGUGGACCAACAGCACCCUGCAUAGUCUCCUCUCUAAUGAGUCUCCACAAACAGAGGAGGUUCACAAGUUCCUUCAACUUGAGGGGCCCAUUCUGCUGGAGAUGAGAGUAAAGCACCUUAUCAAGGAGAACCACAUGGAGAGGGCUGCACUGCUGGCAAGGGCUUGUGCAGAGUGUCCCGAGUUUGAAGGAAAAGGGCACUUUAAGCAGAUGUACCUGGUCUGCCUGUGCUCUGCCUCAGCACAGGAACCACUAAUGGAGGAGCUCUCCGAGGUUGAUUGCCGCGAUGCACUAGAAAUGAUCUGUAACCUGGAGUCGGAAGGGGAUGAGAGGGGAGCCUUCAGCUUAUGCUCAGCCUUUCUAACACGUCAGCUUCUCCAAGGAGACACUUAUUGUGCCUGGGAGCUGACACUGUUUUGGAGCAAACUGCUGAAGCGGAUGGAGUCAUCUGAAGAGACGUUCCUGGACAGAUGUCGUCAGAUGUCUUUGCUGUCCACAACAGUCUUCCACAUCCUCUUCUUCAUCAAAGUCAUUCAAUCAGAGGUGGAUAAGGUUGGACUGCCAGUGUGUGUUGACAUGUGCAUACGGGCUUUACAGUUGGAAUCAAGUGACGGAAACACCAAGGCCACCAUUUGCAAAACCAUCUCCUGUUUGCUGCCCACUGAUCUGGAGGUAAAGCGGGCCUGCCAGCUGACAGAGUUCCUCCUGGAACCCACAGUGGACUCCUACUACGCUGUGGAGACUCUGUACAACGAGCCAGACCAGAAGCUGGAGGAGGAGAAUCUUCCUGUGCCCAACUCGCUCCGCUGUGAGCUCCUGCUGGUGUUCAAGACCCAGUGGCCUUUUGACCCUGAGUUCUGGGACUGGAAGACACUGAAGCGUCACUGCCUGACCCUUAUGGGUGAGGAGGCCUCCAUUGUGUCCUCCAUUGACUUGCUGAAUGACAAUGAGAUCCCAGAGGCCCCUGAGGAGGAGGAGGACACAGCCCAGGGUGAGGAAGUGUUCAGAGACGUCACAGACUACUUCGUGGACACCACACAUGAACUGAAUGAAAUAACCGAUAAAAGACAGAAAAUCCGAGAGACAAAGAAACUGAGAGAGAAAGGGUUCAUCUCGGCCAGGUUUCGAAACUGGCAGGCAUACAUGCAGUACUGUGUUCUGUGUGACAAGGAGUUUCUGGGGCACAGGAUUGUACGUCAUGCACAGACUCACUACAAAGAUGGACUUUAUAGCUGCCCGAUAUGCGCGGAGACCUUCACCUCAAAAGACAUAUUGGAACCACACGUGGCAUCACACGUAAAGCUAUCAUGCAAGGAAAGACUAGCUGCAAUUAAAACAAAUAAAAAAUUAGCUAAUCCCAAAACGGCUGCUCCUGUUAUUGCGGCUUUGAAAGCUAAGACUGAAAAUCUACUUUGGAAAAAAGAUGCAAUAAGCGAUUCCCAAGAACACAAUGGGGAGUCGCUUCAGACAGAAUCAAUUCAGACCAAAGUCUCUGGACUUAAGACCGAAAGCGGCACUGAGGAAAACACAUGCCCUGUUGCAAACUGCAAAAAGGGAUUCAAGUAUUUCCGAAAUCUUCUUGUUCAUGUGAAAGCACAUAGAGAUAACGAUGAAGCAAAGCGCUUCCUUGAAAUGCAGAACAAAAAGGUGAUUUGUCAGUAUUGUCGUCGCCAAUUUGUUAAUGUCACCCACCUUAAUGAUCAUUUGCAAGUGCACUGUGGUGUCAGACCUUACAUUUGCAUACAGUUGAACUGCAAGAGCAGCUUUCUCUCCAACACAGAGCUGCUUGUACACAGAAAAGAACAUGUCGUAUUUAAAGCCAGAUGCAUGUUUCCUAGAUGUGGGAAGAUUUUCAAUGAAGCCUAUAAGCUUUACGACCAUGAGUCACAGCAUUACAAAACGUUCACCUGCAAAGUCCCUAACUGUGGAAAAGUGUUCCAUUCUCAGUCACAGUUGGAUCUGCACCAGGAGGAACAUGUCACAAAAGAGGAGGAAGACCCAGCUACAGACACUGACCUUUCUCAUUUUCUGGACCAGAGGAUGCUUUCUGAUCAGGCUUCCUUCUCAGAGGAUGUUGAUGUGGCUUCUCAUCCAUCAGCAUCUGUUGAGGUGAAGCACUCGAUUGACAACCUGCUGAAUGCUUCUCAAGGUCCUGUUGAGAAUGAUCGACGAUACAUGAUUCAAAGUGAGCCACCAGUAAAAGAACUGUACCCAUAUUCAGAAAGAUCUGUUAUUCGGUCUACCACAAAUGCACAAACGCAUGACCCAAAUCAGCUGAGACAUAGACCCCAAGACCCCUCAGAGACUGCUGCAUAUGACUAUAUGAGACCCAAACCACAUAAUCCUCCAUUAGCUUCAUACCAAUAUCCUGGGGGUUUGCAUCAUGCCCAACAACCAAGUGUGUUUCAAGGUCAGGUCCAGAGUUAUCGCAAAGGUGGAAAUUAUGAAUCCGGGAACUACAAUUCUGACUACCGAGUACCAGUGCAAGAACAACAACAUCCACACAUGUCUGUUAACAUGUCAGCAUCAAGCCAGACCUCCCAUUACAUGUCAACUCCAAUGCCUCAAAUUCUCCCAUCAGUCUCUCACACACUUCUUCCACUAGUAACUCGUUUGCCAGCCACUGGUUGCAGAACAGAGAAUACACAGUUCCCGUUAGCAGGCACUCCUGCCCCACAGCACCACCCAUUACCAGCUACUCCUGCCCCACAGCACCACCCAUUACCAGCUACUCCUGCCCCACAGCACCACCCAUUACCAGCUACUCCUGCCCCACAGCACCACCCAUUACCAGCUACUCCUGCCCCACAGCACCACCCAUUACCAGCUACUCCUGCCCCACAGCAACACCCAUUACCAGCUACUCCUGCCCCACAGCAACACCCAUUACCAGCUACUCCUGCCCCACAGCACCACCCAUUACCAGCUACUCCUGCCCCACAGCACCACCCAUUACCAGCUACUCCUGUCCCACCCCAAGGAGAGAGAGAGAGACACCACUGUGCUUUGGAGACAUGUGAUCGCAACUACAGCUCCUACAGAAGUGUUACCAAGCAUAUGAAAGCAGCUCACCCAGAGUUUUAUACAGAAUGGAAACUUGUUAAGAGAAAAACAAGGGAACAUGAAAAAGCAAGGAAAGCUGCCCCGUCGAGUGUGCCUCUGAUCGGGAACCAUAACUCUGUUGCUCCAAUACAACAUCAACAGGCUAAUGGUGUCCCAGUUCACAGCCACAAUGUCAUUCAGCCAACCCCGCCCCUGUACCCAAACUCAAACCACUCUUACGCUUCCCAUUCAGCUGCUGUCCAAAGCCAGGCUUUCCCCAACCAAAUGGACAAUAUCUUAGAUCCCAUUGUACUCUCCCAGCUAGGAAACAACCCCAAUCAUUAUGGACCACCUAGUAUGCCAUGGCAACAAACACCAGGAAACAACCAAAUCCAGAAUUAUCACUCACAAGUAUAUCCCUCCUCAAACCUGCAAGGGAUGCCACAAAUGGAUGGUGGAGGAAUGGAUGUUCAUGUUAUUCCAUCCGGUCAUAUGAUGCGAUCUAAUGUGGAAAGACCAGCAGAUUCACUGUUACCAACAACUAUGGAUAAUGUUCUUCAGCCUGUUUUCCCCUCUUAUGUGGACAUUCUGAAAGACUCAAGUCUCUCAAAUCAGCUGGGAAAUGCUGCACUUCCCUACACACCGCAGACUCAAAGUAAUUUGCGUUCUAAUUUCAAUCCCCCUGAAAGGAGUCGAAGAAUGCAGAAAACCAACAUGGAAUCACAUGUCCUUGCAGGAAACCAAUUGCUAGCGAGAAACAACAGUGAAUCUCAAGGCGGCACCAAAAACACUGCUGAAACUAAUCAGAUGGGCAAAAAAGUUAAGCGCAACAAAAGAACUAAGUGGCCUGCCAUUGUUAAAGAUGGAAAGUUCAUUUGCUCUAGGUGUGGUAGAGAAUUUACAAAUCCCAAAUCACUUGGAGGCCAUUUGUCCAAACGUUUACACUGCAAAGCCUAUGACACUGAGCUCCUGACAGCAGACUUGCCUUCAUCAUUUCUUGAUCUUCUCAAUUCAGAGCAACUUCUCAAUACUCAGCCCCCACCAUCUUCACAAUAUAACCCUGCUGCACCGUAUGCAAAUGAUGGCGAACAACCUGAUGAGAUUCUUAAACAAAUUAUGGUUACUCCAAAUAUUCCCAAUAUGUUUGAGCCCUCAGCGAUUCCCCAGCCAACGUUCCAAAAUCCUUAUGGUCCUUACGGACCUGCUGGACGCUUGCCAGAAAGCACAGUCAUACAGCACACAGGAAAUGUCCAAGUGAAGACAGAAAAGGAAUCAUAUACAGAUGGUUAUCUUCAGCAGUCAUGUGACCCUGGGUUUGGCAGUAGUGCAUUCUAUGAGCCACUUCUCACUCAGGUGCUUGCAGAAAACAACCCCACCGUCUCACUUCACAGACUUCCCACAGACCAUAUUGAUAAUUUACUCAGAGCAGAAACACUGAUGAAGAUGAAAGAAGUGAAGGGGAAUUCUGAUUCUGCCGCCAAUUCGGGAGGUCUGUCUAAUGAUGGACUUCUGGCUGCAAUGGCUAGUUUGGCGGAAAACCUUAUGACAAACCCCAUGUUGCAGAUCACUUCACCAGACCCUCAGCCUCAACAUAGUCCAGCAGCAACAAGUAGCAAACCGGUGGAGACACGGAGGAAGAGUGCGGAACAUAAUGUCAAGAAAAGAUUGCGUGAACAGAUUUUAGCUGGAGACUUCCAAAGAAGAAGCGGUUUAUCUCGGACAAGCAGCACUGACACACAUGCCAGUUUGAAUCUGGUGUCAUCCAAUCCAACAACCAAUGAUGUACAACAUUUUGGAGUACGUCAAAGUCCUCAGCCUUCCAAGAUGAUUGAUCACGGAAUCCCCUCUGUAUCAUCUGCUCAAAUGAAUGGAGCAGCACCCAUAAAGAGCUUUACUAAUUUCAGAGAGGCUUCCUCUCAAGACCACGAGAUACCUGCACCUACCUGCAUUGUUGCAAAUGACGUUGAUCUUGGUCCUAAUCUAACACCUGCAAACCAACAGCAUUGGAUAAUGGACAUUCAGACUGCAUUAGAGAGGCUAGACUUAGACAAACAACAGGUGUGUGAUUCUACUCCAACAUAUUCCUCCACAAAACCUAGCUGCACUGAUAUUUGCAAUGAUACUGAAUCAUUCCAGCCUAAUGUCUCAACUGCGAAGGAUACACAGAUUCCUGAUGGCUGUAGAAAGCUGUUUGCCUGUGAGAGUGACAACUGCACAUACAGGGCCAUGACAAAAGAUGCCAUUUUAAAACACCUCAUCAAGACUCACAAUUACACCAAUGAGAUGAUCAAUUCGAUUAAGAAAAACCAUGGGAAAUUUGCCCCAUUCUCUUGUCAAAUGUGUGAUAAGACUUUUACCCGAAAUUCAAACCUUAAGGCACACUGUCAAACAGCUCACAGAUUGACACAGCAGGAGAUUGCAGAACUAAUCAUGAAGCGCAAGUCAAGGAACACGGUUGGAUUUGCUAAUAAUGAAGACAAACCAUGUGUGCAUUCAGAGCCUCCUUUGUCUGGUCAGAUUGCCACAGCGCCCCACUCAAUAAUGGAGAAUAUUAGACGUCAACAUUCACUCCCGGAUGUGAGCCUAAAUCAAGAUGUGACAGUAAAAAACGUGUUUGCUUCAGGAGAAAGGAUAAAACAAGACUACCACCCACAUCCUUUCAAACAGCAGACUUCUCAAGGCAUAGCUGACGCGAGAUAUCAUGAUAAUAGCCUCUCCAUGGGAAUCCAGCCAAUACAAAGGAUGCCCAUGCAUGAUCAGACACCAUUAAUGCUAAUGUCUGAAUAUCAAAUUAAUGCACACUACUCAACAAUAUCCCAACAGCCUUUAAUGACCCCUCCUGAUGCAGAUCAAUGGUCAAACGGACAACACAUACCAGCUCCAUCUAGGCCUAUGCCUACUCAUUACAGUCAACAAUCUGGAGGCUACCUGGCUGAAAGAGCUGGCUCAAUGACACCUCCAUCAGAUCCCCUUCAGGUUUGUGCUCCCUUGCUAGAAAAGACAUCCAAAAUCAAGCUGCAGAGAGGACCAAAGCCUAAAGUCGAAAUUCCCAAGAAGACGAAAGAGAAGAAGUCUGGGGCAAAUGAUUCUUUCAGUCCAUACAGGCCAUAUCGCUGUGUUCAUCAGGGAUGUGUAGCAGCCUUUACAAUUCAGCAUAAUUUAAUCCUCCAUUACAGGGCUGUCCAUCAGUCUGCUCUAUCUACAUGUGAAAUGAACAAUGAAAAUGAUCAAAAUGAGGAACAGGAUGAGAAAAAAGGCAUCAAGCAUGAGCGGGGUUAUGGAGGAGGAACCAGAGGUUGAAGUAACCCAGGUAACAGAACUCAGGUGUCAAGUGAGCGACUGCUCGAGAGUAUUUCAAGACGUUCCGAACAUGUUGCAGCAUUACCUCCAGCUUCACAAGUUCAGCCUGGAUAAAGCAGGAUCUCUAAUGUCAAACAUCAACCUAGGCAGAUUCCGAUGUGAUCAGCAAGGGUGCACAGCAUCCUUCAUUGCUUUCUGGAAGUACAUCGGACAUAUUGAAAAAGAACA